GCAUUGUGCUCCUCCCCAAUUUCCUGUCAGGGUUAUUAUAUGUAUAACUAAGGUGCCCCAGUGAGGAGACAGGACUGGACAACAGAAGAAGUCACUGACAGUGAGGACUCUGGCAGGAGGACUAACAGAGAGUUCUGAAAAUUGAGUAAAUUAGAUGUGGUGCAGAUUUCAAUCACCCACGUGUCAGAAUCCAGGCUUUGCAGGAUGUCAGUCCGCAGGCACAUCUGGGUCUAUCUUCUCACCCUACAGAAGUUCGUACUGGCACAUCUGGACUGUACAUACAACUCCUGGGAACUUGUUUCCUGUUCAUGGAAAGCAGAAAGAAAUGUAACAUCGGUCCCAUGUUACUUAUCAGCUAUUGUUACCAAUGAUAAUAGGCGAGCUAUAAAAGGCUUCUGUUCUCUACCCCCCAAUGUUCAUGUUAGAAGCUGUGUGGUACAUCUGACAACUAAUAAUAAUAAAUAUGUUAAAGACGCUUUGACUGUAUCCCAUGUUUUAAACAUGAGUGUUAUCUGUAGCAGCACAUGGAACACAAAUAAGAGUGUCAUAUCCCUGUUUCCAUUCAGUCCAUAUGACCACUUGCGCCUAGAUCCUCCUCGGUCCCUUGACAUCCAGAUGACAACCGAUGGCCUAUGGAACCUUACAUGGCUCGUUAGUCACAGACAUUAUAUAACAAAAACAGAGACUGAAGUCAUGUACAAACCUAUGAAAGGAUCAUGGCAGGAUGCAAAACACUUCACUAUUCAACAAUACGAGCUGUAUGUUCCACUGCGUGACCUACAUCCAGGAACUCAGUAUGAAGCCAGGGUGCGAGUGAACCAGACAGAUUACCCGGGAGGCAGGUGGAGUGAAUGGAGCAAGCCUACACAAUGGACAACUCAUUCUGAAGGUCCAAACUUCAUCACACAGGUGGUUACACCAGUAGCGGCCAUUGUGACCUUUGUGUUGUUGGUUACACUCAUUAUCCACUCUUCAAAAAGAUUUAAGAAGAUAAUAUGGAUUAGUGUUCCAGAUCCUUCUUCGUUUUUUGACCCCUUAAUGUCUGUUCACAAGGGAAACUUUCAGAAAUGGCUAUCCUCCCCUUUCUCCUUUUCCUCAUUCUCUUUGUAUCCAAGUCAUCUUGAUAUUUCUUCACUCGAUAUUAAUGGGAAAAGGGAUGAAAAUCAUCAAAUAUUACCUUCAGCUCCCACACAAGAGGCUGAGAGAGAUAGUAGUGGACAUUCCUGCUCGAGCUUUUCCAACCAAGAAUAUUUCUCCUCUGUCUGUCCUGGCUAUGACCACAUGGAUCACAGAGGCUUCCCAACAAUUGCACCUAAUGGGCCUUUACCAUCCCCUACUGGUGAAGAUAUGCCCCUUUUCCAUGCUGAUUACCUCUGUGCCCCACUAUCAAUUCCUGGUCUUGGUGUCCACAAUAGGUCAUUUGAACUGGAUGCUCCAUCUAGAGGCACAUUGGUUCCUAUACUUGUAGAGGAAGUCAUCUAUAAAGGAGAAUAUCAUAAUGAACACCCUGUGACUUCACUCCCUCCAGUAAUGGAGAAGGUCAAUGAUGACUCAAAGGAAAAGGAGAAAUGUGAAAACCUGAAAGAGUCACCCAAUUCAUACUCUGCAACUCCUUUCAUACAGCAGCAUGUGGAUACAACAUCACAGGAAGUGAAUGUUACAGCAGGGUACUUAUCAUUGAAUGAGCUCUCCCAUAAACAUUAUGGCCACUGGGUAUGAUUGAUUACAGCUGGUUGUGGCCUUAGGAUUUAGCUAAGCUUGCAAAGUUCAUUCUCUCUAGGGUUUGCUACGGUGAUACAUAGCCAGACUGAGAUAGCCGAGAGACUCUUAAAUGACCGUAGGAGUGAUCUCCACACAAGUGGAAAGAAAGAAAAAAACAAUUACUAGUUUAAUGUUAAGUGUUUCCAGUCAUUAUUAAGUCUGGACUAUGGUGUUAGAAUGGAGACUGGAUCCAAAAACAAUUUGUAAAUAGAAAAUAAGUAGUAUUCUUCUAGAAUGCACAAUUACCCAGUGCUAAAGACUUAUUACACCUAUUGGCCCUCAUUCCGAGUUGUUCGCUCGCUAGCUGCUUUUAGCAGCAUUGUACACGCUAAGCCGCAGCCCUCUUGGAGUGUAUCUUAGCUUAGCAGAAUUGCGAACGAAAGAUUCGCAGAAUUGCGAAUAGAAAAUUCUUAGCAGUUUCUGAGUAGCUCCAGACUUACUCAGCCAUUGCGAUCAGUUCAGUCAGUUUCGUUCCUGGUUUGACAUCACAAACACACCCAGCGUUCACCCAGACACUCCCCCAUUUCUUCAGACACUCCCGCGUUUUUCCCAGAAACACCAGCGUUUUUUCGCACACUCCCAGAAAACGGCAAGUUUCCGCCCAGAAACACCCACUUCCUGUCAAUCACAGUACGAUCACCAGAACGAUGAAAAAUCCUCGUUAUGCCGUGAGUAAAAUACCUAACUUUUGUGUAAAAUAACUAAGCGCAUGCGCUCUGCGAACCUUGCGCAUGCGCAGUAAGCGACUAAUUGCAAUAUAGCGAAAAUCGGCAACGAGCGAACAACUCGGAAUGACCCCCAUUGUGCCUCUGCCUCAGGCUAGACACAGUCUUCUUGCAGCUUCUGAACUCUUGUGUAGAAACCAUGCUGCUGUGUAACUGUGUAGAGUAAUAAAGAGGUUAUAAUGUUUUGCUGCACAAUGAUGGGGUAUCAAACACAACAACUGCUAACUUUUCAAAGA